UUAUUUUGACAGUUGUAGCUUCGCUUUCCUGUUGUCGUGCCUAACCUGACGCCUGGACCGUGAUGCCUGAACGGCCCUCUUCUCUGGUGUCGUCGUUGGGAUUCAGUGGGACCGAGGUGUAUCCUUAACCAAACAAGGUUUAAACAAAUUCACAGUUAAAGGUGGAUUUUGUUCUUCUGACUCCGGGACUGAUCAGUACUUAAUUUCCAUAGAGCUGCUGACAGCAAAAUGGCCCUGCUACCUGACGUGUGGAGGCAGGACUACUGGCUCCCUCCAGGUGUGACCUGGAAAGACAUGGAACAGCUGGAGGACUCUGACCGACCGCAACCUCUGGACCUCCUCAUAUCUCUGCCCCUGGCACUGGGCUUUGUCACCCUACGCUACGUGUUCGAGAGGUUUUUUGCCCCACCCAUGGGCAGAUGUUUGGGAGUGAAGGAUAGAUUGCAAGUGACUGCUGCCCCCUCCCCAAAGCUGGAGUCGUUUUACACCCAAGGGAGCAGACAGCCGACACAGAGUGAAAUUGUUAGUUUGAUGUCGCUGUGCGGCAAAACCCAGAGGCAGAUUGAGACCUGGUUCCGUCGUCGCAGGAACCAAGACAGGCCCUGUCAAACCAAGAAGUUUGGCGAAGCUGCUUGGAGGUUCUUUUUCUACCUCACAGCUUUCAUGGCUGGACUGGCCUGCUUGAUCGAUAGACCCUGGUUCUGGGACCACAGGGAAUGUUGGAGGCGGUAUCCAAUACAGCCCAUGGAGAGAGCUCAUUACUGGUACUACAUGCUGGAGCUGGGUUUUUAUGGCUCUCUGCUGCUCCGGAUCUCUGUUGACAUCAAGAGGAAGGAUUUUAAAGAACAGGUGAUUCACCAUUUGGCCACCAUCUUCCUGCUGAGUUUCUCCUACUGUGCCAACUACAUUCGCAUCGGCACUUUGGUCAUGCUGCUUCAUGACUCCUCUGACAUCCUUCUUGAGUCAGCCAAGAUGUUCAACUACGGAACAGGCUGGAGGAAAACGUGCGACACACUCUUUGUUGUGUUUGCUGUGGUCUUCCUUGUGACUCGACUGGUAAUUUUCCCCAGCAAAAUAAUCCAUACCACCCUGGUGCUCUCCAUGGAGGUCUUCGAGCCCUUUGCCGGCUACUACUUUUUCAACAUCCUUCUGAUGGUGCUGCAGGCUCUUCACAUCUUCUGGGCUGGCCUAAUCUUACGCAUGGUCUAUAAGUUCCUUAAAGGAAAGCUGGAAAAAGAUGAACGCAGUGAUGAAGAGAGCGAAGUUGAAGAAGAAGAGGAGGAUAAAGGAGGAGAGGAAAAUGCGGAUCAAGGGGGAGAUUAUUGUUGGGAGAGAAGUAAAGACACCCUGAACUCUAAACUGUCUAUGCUGACCAACAGUUGUGUCCUAAAUAACUUGACCAACCACAGGGCAUCUGUAGCUGACAUAAUGCGUAAAGCUCAGUAGAGACUCGAUGUUUUAACAUUUCGCUCCGGUUUUGCUAUCUCAAGGUUAAAACAGCCAUAUGGUUUGUAUAUCAAAUGACAUAAGAUGGACAUGAUUCAUCACCCUCUACACUACAAGGCCUUCAUGCUGAUGGGACUGUGAUUCACUUUAAUUGAGAGUGUCAUUACACAAGUAAAGGGGCGACAGUCUAAUUGUUAAUCUUUGUAAAAGUGCUGACAUAGCAGAGGAUGGUUUUGAUUCAGCAAUUUCUGGGUUAUGGGGCCAGCACGCUUCCGCUGCAUCACUCUGCUACACACUCCAGAUAGGACUCAAAUCCACAUCCCCUGGCAUAGGAGGCCAGUGCCUGAUCUAUUAGACCGCCGGGGCUGCUGCAGCUGUUGGAGAGCCACCGUGCACAAGUCAGUGUUCAAUGGUAGUAAGACUGACAUUAUAAUCCUUUUAAAUCCACUUUCCAGUGGACAGGGAUGGUAGUCUUUCUGGGAUUCAGGGAGGGUUCAAAGUGUUCAGUGCCUAUGGAUGUUCAUUGUGGUUGACACUGCAGACUGUUUUUACACUAUUUUCAUUUAGCAAGUUCACAAAGCAGAUAUGUGAAAUCUAAAAAAGGGAUUGUAACUAGGACAUAACAAUAACUAAAAAACUAAAGCUGUAGUUUACUUAAGUAACUAGCAGCUUAGACAGAAGUAUUUGUUUAAUCUUGUAAAAUGAUAAAAUUGCUACAUAACAUGCAGUAGACAUUGAAAUGCUGGAAAUAAAGUCAUCAUUUCAUUCUUUCUAUAUCUGUCUCUUGCAAUGCUUUGAGACAUGAAACAGUUUUUAUUUGUGAUUCAGUGGAAUUAGUAUUUCAUUCACCAC